CCCACCUUAAUAUUCUUAGAUCUUUGGCCACCAACCUCACCCCACCCAGGCCUGUGCGCCCUAGGGUUUCAUCCCCAGGGGCGUCCCCAGCCGAAAGAGCUGAGUCGCCCCAGGUACGUGGGCGGAGCGCGCUGCAUUUAAGGCGCACGCCACAGCUGGCAAUUGGCCGCGGAGGUGCAUGCAAGGUCCGGGUCCAGGUCGGCGCCUGCCUCUGCAACUCCAACUUCGUCACCGUCGCCUCUCAGCAACCAGGACCUGUGACGCCGCCCGGCCCCCCGCCACCGCCAGACCGGGACUGCCUCUGUGCAUCACUGCCUGGAGUACCACUAAGGCAACUCGCGCGUCUUCAUCCCAGCCCGGCUCACCGCAGCACUCCCGCAUCCCGUGCUCUCAUAUCCGUCUACCAGCGGAUUGGACUACCAUCCACAGAAUGCGCCGGAAAACAUUAGAAAUUUAUUCUGUGGAGCUCAAUGGAACUAAAGAUGUCAAUCAGACAGACCAGGGAGAUGACAAGAAGUUCAAGGAGAUGAAGAACAAGGACUCAGAACCCAAUAAGGGUCAUGAGAAAGAAGAGCUUAAGAAAGAGCUUGAUCUGGAUGAUCACCGACUCAGUAAUACAGAACUGGAGCAGAAAUAUGGUACAAACAUCAUUCGGGGUCUCUCCAGCAUCAAAGCUACAGAACUCCUGGCUCGUGAUGGGCCCAAUGCCCUUACACCUCCCAAGCAAACUCCAGAGAUUAUCAAGUUCCUCAAGCAGAUGGUGGGGGGCUUCUCCAUCCUUCUGUGGAUAGGUGCCAUCUUGUGCUGGAUCGCAUAUGUGAUCCAGUAUGUCAGUGAUUCUGCAUCCCUUGACAGUGUCUAUUUGGGCGCCAUACUUAUCCUGGUUGUUAUUUUAACGGGGAUUUUUGCUUAUUAUCAAGAAGCCAAAAGCACCAACAUCAUGGCCAGCUUUAGUAAGAUGAUCCCCCAGCAAGCUCUUGUCAUCCGAGACUCAGAAAAGAAGAUCAUUCCUGCAGAGCAGCUGGUGGUGGGGGACGUAGUGGAGAUUAAAGGAGGAGACCAGAUCCCUGCAGACAUCAGACUAGUGUUUUCCCAAGGAUGCAAAGUAGAUAAUUCCUCUCUCACUGGGGAAUCUGAGCCCCAGGCUCGCUCAACUGAGUUUACCCAUGAAAAUCCCUUGGAAACAAAGAACAUAGGCUUCUAUUCCACAACGUGCCUGGAAGGCACGGCAACUGGCAUUGUCAUCAACACGGGCGACCGCACCAUCAUUGGUCGCAUAGCCUCCUUGGCUUCCGGUGUUGGAAGUGAGAAGACACCCAUUGCCAUUGAGAUCGAGCACUUCGUCCAUAUCGUGGCAGGGGUGGCUGUGUCCAUUGGCGUCAUUUUCUUCAUCAUCGCCGUGUGCAUGAAGUACUAUGUCCUUGACGCCAUCAUCUUCCUCAUCAGCAUCAUUGUGGCCAAUGUACCUGAGGGCCUCCUGGCCACUGUCACUGUCACCCUGUCACUGACAGCAAAGAGAAUGGCUAAGAAGAACUGUCUGGUGAAGAACCUGGAGGCAGUGGAGACCCUCGGCUCCACUUCCAUCAUCUGUUCAGACAAGACGGGGACCCUGACCCAGAACAGAAUGACUGUGGCUCAUUUGUGGUUUGACAAUCAGAUCUUUGUGGCAGAUACAAGCGAAAACCAAACAAAACAAGCCUUUGACCAAAGUUCUGGGACCUGGGCUUCUUUGUCCAAAAUAAUAACACUGUGUAACCGAGCGGAGUUCAGGCCAGGCCAGGAAAAUGUCCCCAUCAUGAAGAGAACUGUGGUCGGAGAUGCCUCUGAAACUGCUCUUCUAAAGUUCUCAGAGGUUGUUUUGGGUGAUGUGAUGGAAAUUAGAAAAAGGAACCACAAAGUAGCCGAAAUUCCCUUUAAUUCUACCAACAAAUUUCAGCUCUCCAUACAUGAGACAGAGGACCCUAACGACAAGCGCUUCCUCAUGGUGAUGAAGGGAGCCCCGGAGAGGAUCUUAGAGAAGUGCAGCACCAUCAUGAUCAAUGGCCAGGAGCAGCCACUGGACAAGAGCUCUGCCGACGCCUUCCACACAGCCUACAUGGAGCUAGGAGGCCUGGGCGAGCGUGUGUUGGGUUUCUGCCACCUCUACCUGCCAGCAGAUGAGUUUCCCCAAACCUACCCAUUUGAUGUAGACACUGUAAACUUUCCCACUUCCAACCUCUGCUUUGUGGGGCUGCUGUCCAUGAUCGAUCCCCCUCGGUCCACCGUCCCAGAUGCGGUCACCAAGUGUCGGAGUGCAGGGAUCAAGGUUAUUAUGGUUACAGGUGAUCAUCCUAUCACGGCCAAAGCCAUUGCCAAGAGCGUAGGAAUCAUAUCAGCCAACAAUGAGACAGUGGAAGACAUCGCAAAACGCCGCGGUAUUGCUGUGGAGCAAGUCAACAAAAGAGAAGCAAAAGCCGCUGUGGUGACAGGCAUGGAACUGAAGGACAUGACCCCAGAACAACUGGAUGACCUUUUAACCAACUACCAAGAAAUCGUAUUCGCCCGGACAUCGCCCCAGCAGAAGCUGAUCAUCGUGGAGGGCUGUCAGAGGCAGGAUGCGGUUGUAGCUGUGACAGGUGACGGUGUGAAUGACUCUCCAGCCCUCAAGAAGGCAGACAUCGGGAUUGCUAUGGGCAUAGCAGGUUCUGACGCAGCUAAAAAUGCAGCGGACAUGGUCUUGCUAGACGACAACUUUGCGUCUAUAGUCACAGGGGUGGAGGAAGGUCGCCUGAUCUUUGACAAUCUGAAGAAAACCAUCGCCUAUACCCUGACCAAGAACAUCGCUGAGCUCUGCCCCUUUUUGAUCUACAUCGUUGCUGGGCUUCCCCUGCCCAUUGGCACCAUUACGAUCCUAUUCAUCGACCUGGGCACAGACAUUAUUCCCUCCAUUGCCUUGGCCUAUGAAAAAGCUGAAAGUGACAUCAUGAAUAGGAAACCUCGCCACAAGAAGAAAGACAGAUUGGUGAACCAGCAGCUUGCUAUCUACUCUUACCUGCACAUUGGUCUCAUGCAAGCCCUGGGCGCUUUCCUCGUCUAUUUCACUGUCUAUGCACAGCAGGGCUUUUGGCCCACCUCUCUCAUCAACCUGAGGGUAGCAUGGGAAACAGAUGAUAUAAAUGACUUGGAAGAUAGCUACGGGCAGGAAUGGACAAGGUAUCAGAGAAAAUACCUAGAAUACACAGGUUAUACGGCUUUCUUUGUUGCCAUCAUGAUCCAACAAAUUGCAGAUCUGAUCAUCAGGAAAACCCGGAGGAAUUCUAUCUUCCAGCAGGGGCUCUUCAGAAAUAAAGUCAUCUGGGUGGGGAUCGCCUCGCAGAUCAUUGUGGCACUGAUCCUGUCCUACGGUCUCGGGAGUGUCACAGCCCUGAGUUUCACCACGCUCAGGGCUCAGUACUGGUUUGUGGCUGUGCCGCAUGCCAUUUUGAUUUGGGUGUAUGACGAGAUGCGAAAACUUUUCAUCAGGCUCUACCCUGGAAGCUGGUGGGAUAAGAACAUGUAUUAUUGAGAUCAUGUCGCUCACUGAUCUCCCAGAGGCAUGUCAGAGAUGUUCUUCUUCAUGUCUGGCUACUCCCUAGGAGGCUUCUGCAC